AUGUCCGCGUCCGAAGACAAGGCCACCUUGGCGCCCGAUUUCUUUCAGAAGAUUGGCGAUAAGGCUAGCCAGCUGAACGGCACUCCUGCCGUGAAUGGUGAUGCGCCGAACCCUGAAGGCGAAGACGAUGACGGGAGAAUCGUCGAGCAGAUUGAGUCUCUGUGCAUGAACUGCCACGAAAAUGGCACAACCCGCAUGCUUCUGACCGCCAUCCCAUACUUCCGCGAAGUCAUCGUCAUGUCCUUCUCCUGCGACCACUGCGGCUUCAGCAACAACGAGAUCCAGGCCGCCGGCACGAUCCAGCCCAAGGGCUCGAGCUACCUUCUGCGGUUGACCGCCAUGCCUGACUUUGAGCGCACAGUCGUCAAGUCCGACACCGCGAUCGUCAAAUUCAUCGAGCUGGAUAUCGAGGUCCCCCCCGGCCGUGGCCAACUCUCCAACGUCGAGGGUCUCCUUUCUAGCAUUGUUGAUGAUCUCGAGCUGGGACAAGAGGCGCGCAAGGAGCAGGCUCCUGAAGUGUACGAGAAGAUUGCCGAGGUCAUCGCCAAAGGCCGUUCUAUGCUCGCUGGCGAGUCGUUCCCUUUCCGUCUGUCAGUCGACGAUCCGGCUGGUAACUCUUGGAUUGCGCCCAACAUGAGAGACGGUGUCGGCAAGUGGGAGAAGCGCGACUACCUGCGCACGCCAGAACAGAAUGAGGCUCUUGGUCUGGGCGCCACAGAAUCUGCAGAACCUACUGGCCCCAGCAACGAGCUUGGUGCUGAUGGAGAGAUCAUCCCCGACCAGGUCUAUGCCUUCCCCGCGACCUGCCCUGGCUGCAUGCACCCGUGCACGACGAACAUGAAGAUGGUCGACAUCCCGCACUUCAAGGCGGUCAUCCUUAUGUCCACAGUCUGCCACGACUGUGGCUAUCGAUCCAACGACGUCAAGACGGGCGGCGAGAUCCCUGCGUUGGGCAAGAAGAUCACCCUGCGAGUUGAGAGCGAGGAGGAUCUAGCACGCGACAUUCUCAAGAGCGAGAGCUGCGCGCUUGAGUGCCCCGAGCUGAGCCUUCAGGUCAACCCGGGCACACUGGGUGGCCGCUUUACCACGGUUGAGGGCCUGCUUACCCAGGUGCGCAACGACCUGCACAACCAGAUCUUUGAGGGUGGCGAGGGUGGUGAUUCGCUCGAGAGGCAGGAGCGCACACGGUGGACCGAGUUCUUCGACACUCUGGACGAGGCGAUUCGUGGCGAGAGGAAGUUUACCGUCAUCCUGACGGACCCGCUGGCGUCGAGCUAUGUUCAGAAGGCCGUCGACCCGGAUCAGGUUGACCCGCAGAUGACGGAGGAGGACUACGAGCGGACAGAGGAGGAGGAGGAGGACCUGGGUCUGCUCGACAUGAAGACCGAGGGUUAUGAGAAGGGGCAUGCGGAGGAGCAGGCUGCUCUCGCCGCGGCAGCGACGGCUGAGAAGGAGGAUACCCCUGCGCCGAGCUCAUGA